GUUUUGGCGGGAUCAGCGCGCCUCCCCCACCAAACCCAAACCUUGGCUCUCACCCAGUCCGGAGGGAAACCUUGGCUCGCACAAGGAUAAAAAUCCCAGGUCGGAAAAACGGAGGCAGCCAAGGUUUGCUACCUCUCACCAGGGCGGUGCCGUGGAAUGCGUAGAUGUUGGACUGGUGAGUUGCGAUCGCCUGGGUGCUGAUAUGAAAAACAUGCACGUGUGUUUGUCGUCCCUUCAAUUGCUCGUCAUCGAUCGCUGGAAUCGGGAUCGAGCCCGAGCCCUGAAUCCCCUCGGGAUCCAAGACAUCGAAGGGACGUGGGAUAGGUGCGGAUGCAUCACUAUCCACUAUGAAUACGUGCGGUCCGAUGUGCGGCUGGUACUAGCGCCUAUAGCGCUGAACGAGGAAAUGGGACACGAAGCUGAGAGCUGAGGGCUGAAAGUCAAAAUGGAGAACGUCGAGAGUCGGUUAUUCUUCGAAACAUCGAGUCGGUGCGCACCAGCGGAGACGCAUGGAUAUCGACAUGACCGACACUCGAUCCUCGUCUCCAUCCUCCUUGUCCUUCUCUACCAACCCUGCAAUCCGUCGCAUUCCGAGGCAUGCAUGUGCGAGACACGUGCCGAUUCUUCACGUGUCACCUGGAGCACGUCUGGUUCAGUCAGGACGCGAUCGCUACUGAUCUGUGAUGUUGGUAUGCAGGUCUGCGUCGCGUUCAUAUAUGCAAACGCAGUAAUUGGCUGUUCCUCCAUGUCUCCGAAAGCGAUCCGGUCCGAUCACGGGACCCGUCACGUCCUCAUCGCGUCCAUCACGGGACUUCAACUCCCCUCCUGCGCGCAGUAUAUGAAGGGCGCGUCUAGCAUUACGCCACCAGGUACGGCAUCUUGCUUCAGUACUACCAACCCCCACUCUCCCUCCCCCUCCCACGCAGGGCAGAAACAAAACACUCACCCAGGCACUAUACAUGCGUUCCCGACAUUGCCAGCGAGCAACAGUUGGUCGCAGUUUGGACCUUGUGCACUGCGUAAAAGUUGUGAGCAUCGUUGCUGUGUGGCCUAUUAGGCUGCUGGUUGACCGGAGCUGGAGUUGACAUACUUCACCAAACGAAGCUCCGUUGUUAUUCCUAGGCUAAAUGAAGGCAUAUUAACUGUUCAGGACGUGUGACAGUGCGUGACUCUUCUGGCAGGAUAGGCGCGUUGUGAUAGCAGACGACAGAUGAUACCCGUGGUGUCACUAUAGUCGUCAUGGAUACGACUUUCGAUGGAGUUGCAGAGCUGCGAUCGCUCCAUUGUCGACUGCGAGCUUGUGUUUUGUUAGGGGAAGCAGAGGGUGCGUGUGGUUGUCGGAUGAGCACAGGUUGACAGUGUCAGGUGAGGUGAUUUGCGAUGGUCAUAGUUGUCCUCCGCAGGUGCGAAGCUUCUUCCAUCUGGCUUGAAUCCAUCACGUCGCGGCUUCCGUCUGGCUCUAUUGGCGUAUGAGAUACCGGUUAGGAGACUGAAACCACCCGUUGAUCCAAGUGUCUGUAUGGGAUGAGCGCCUGAGCUGGACGGCGGCAUCCUAUUUCCGUGUUAUAGAGGGUUCUCUAGAGGCCCUGGCCCUGUGCACCUGUUAUUCUACAAAGAUCCCGUGAGUGAAGUGGGUGACUACAGACAACGAAUCAGUAAGGUGUGGUAAGAGAUCGGAAAGCUAGGAAUUGAUAGUGUCGUCGUGGCAGAUGCGGUGUCUAGUCGCGCUCAGAAACACGGACCAUAGCUUGAAGGUCAUCCUUUCAAAUGGCGUGGAAACGCACCCAGGGAGUAACACAUUGAAUGGUUUUAAAAGACUCGUACGUAGUGGGGCUUCAGGUACGAAGC